GAUACAGUGACUUGCACUCAUGUUUCGGUUGACUGCAUACCCAAUGGAACCUUGGAGAAGGAAUCUUGUAAUUCAACAGAAAACGAGAGGAAAUGGAUCCGGCCUGAUGCCGUCAGCAAGUGUACCUGGGAGCUUGGAAAAUCUCCUUCUGAAUCGCCCCAUCACCAUGCUACAUUAACAAAGACCCCAAAAAUUAUGUCAGAUAUCCUCAAAAAAAUUGGAGACACUCCCAUGGUGCAUAUCAACAAGAUUGGAAAGCUCUGUGGCCUCAAAUGUGAACUCUUGGCCAAAUGCGAGUUUUUCAAUGCUGGAGGAAGUGUGAAAGACCGAAUCAGUUUACGAAUGGUGGAAGAUGCUGAAAGAGAUGGGAUUCUGAAGCCAGGAGAUACCAUUAUUGAACCAACUUCAGGAAAUACAGGAAUUGGACUGGCCUUGGCAGCUGCAGUGAAAGGAUACCGUUGUAUCAUUGUAAUGCCAGAGAAAAUGAGCAUGGAAAAGGUGGAUGUGCUACGUGCCCUUGGGGCUGAAAUUGUGAGGACUCCAACAACUGCCAGAUUUGAUUCUCCAGAAUCACAUGUUGGAGUGGCAUGGAGAUUGAAAAAUGAAAUCCCCAACUCCCAUAUUCUGGAUCAGUACCGCAAUGCCAGCAACCCCUUGUCGCAUUAUGACACAACAGCAGAGGAGAUUCUUCAGCAGUGUGAAGGUACAUUUUAUGCUUUACAAACACUUCUGUCCUAG